AGAUGGAAAAUAAUGUCCUGCAAAAUGAGGAUUGAACAGCUGAAACAAACAAUAUGUAAAGGAAAUGAAGAAAUGAAGAAAAAUUCUGAAGGCCUUCUCAAAACCAAGGAAAAGAAUCAGAAGCUUUACAGUCGAGCGCAACGCCACCAAGAGAAAAAGGAGAAGAUUCAGAGGCACAAUCGCAAACUUGGUGACCUGGUAGAAAAAAAAACAGUUGACUUGAGGAGUCAUUACGAGAGUCUGGCAAGUCUUCGGCGAUCCCAUAUAUUAGAGCUCACCUCUGUCAUCUUUCCAAUCGAGGAAGUGAAGACUGGCGUGAGAGAUCCCGCAGACGUGUCUUCAGAGAGCGACAGCGCCAUGACCUCCAGCACCGUGAGCAAGCUUGCUGAAGCCCGGAGGACAACGUACCUCUCAGGACGAUGGGUCUGUGAUGACCACAACGGAGACACCAGCAUUAGCAUCACAGGGCCUUGGAUUAGCCUCCCUAACAACGGGGACUACUCAGCCUACUAUAACUGGGUGGAAGAGAAGAAAACGACGCAGGGGCCUGACAUGGAGCAUAAUAACCCGGCCUACACGAUCAGCGCUGCCUUGUGCUACGCGACGCAGCUGGUCAGCAUUUUGUCUCACAUACUCGACGUGAAUCUUCCCAAAAAGCUGUGCAACAGUGAAUUUUGUGGGGAAAAUCUCAGCAAACAGAAAUUUACUCGAGCAGUGAAGAAAUUGAAUGCAAAUAUCCUUUACCUUUGUUUUUCUCAGCAUGUAAAUUUAGAUCAAUUACAACCACUGCACACCCUCAGGAAUCUCAUGUACCUGGUCAGUCCGAACUCGGAACACUUGGGCAGGUCAGGACCCUUCGAAGUGCUUGCGGACCUGGAGGAAUCCAUGGAAUUUGUGGAUCCCGGAGUUGCUGGCGAAUCGGAUGAGAGUGGAGAUGAGCGCGUCAGCGACGAGGAGACUGACCUGGGCACAGACUGGGAGAACCUGCCGAGCCCUCGGUUCUGUGACAUCCCUUCCCAGCCCGUGGAGGUCUCCCAGAGCGAGAGCACGCAGGCAUCCCCACCCAUCGCCAGCAGCAGCGCGGGUGGGAUGAUCUCCUCCGCCGCCGCCUCCGUCACCUCCUGGUUUAAAGCGUACACUGGACACCGUUAGUGACACGGACCAAAACAUGCCAGACUUGCAUCAGGAAAGUUCUCGCACUAGACUCUAGUGAACCUAUCUGUUUAGUUAAGGUAGUGCCUGGAACAGAAAGAGGCUAAGCCUUGUUUUUGUCAAGCAGGGAGACAAGCAUUUCUACUGGUCAAGUGGCCCGUGAUGGUGACCAACAUGCUUAUGAUACUUAAUAGAAAGAGGAGUCAGAGGUCCCGCCUGAUCGGUGUUGAGCAGGCCUGGUCACGUACCCUGGAGGAGGCAACUUCCUUGGGCUCUCUGGUCUCAGGCCGCAGGGCCCACAGACCCGGGUCAGUGUGUCCAUCCUCGAGACGCUGAGACUUCCCAGUGGAGUGUCAGAGCUUGGCUGAGUCACAAGACGGUGAUUCUUGACGACUAGGACUUGAAGAUGGAAACUGUUUAAUAUGAGUUCGUUUUUCUGCCAUCUUUCUCUGUACAGAGAACCAGCAGACAGUUUGAGAUACUUGAUUUCUUUGUAAUUUGGUCACCUUUGAUUUUUAGAUCAGAGAUUCGCGUUUGGUUUCGGAGGGCAGUCAUUUCCGCAGGGAGGGUCAGUAUGAGGCCCGUUUCCUUGUGCUGCUCUGUCCUGGCUCCUCAGACAUUCCUGUUUUUCUCCCCCCACUACCCCGCACCAAAGAAACUAAGAUCUUUCUUUAGGACAUACAUGAAUGGAAGAAUCCUCAUUGUAGUACUGCUCUAGAGGUGUUUUGAAAUGACUUUCUUGUAUUCUGAGGGAAACCAGGCUUGUCCUUACUCGGGUUAUUGGAUUCCUACCAUACACUGGGUGCGUUUUGAAACUGAACUCAUUUCCUGUGAGUGAAAGUACGUUACUCCUUGUGUAGCUGGAUGCUGCCUGGCACAGAUGAAGAGCCACUUAAUUAUGUGGCCUCUGCUCAUUGUUCUGGUGUCCAUUCUAAGCGAUUUAGUAGGUGGCGGGUGUCCAGGGAAACCAUCCCUGCCUCCUAGAGGGUUUGUUGCUCUGAGGACACUGCCUUUGCCCACAGGUGCAGAGCAGAGCCUUAGAGCUGAGCCUGUCCUUUAUCCUGGGGAGAGAUCAGAGAGCCAAGCUUUUCCCUUACCAAGAGAUCGUUUUCAGCUAAUGUGUCUUGUCAUUCUCUUAGUGACAAUCUUACAAGAAAACUGUAACAAGAGAGGCAUUAUGUACAAAUGUGUAAGUAGUAUUUUAUUUUUAAUAACUGCAAAAAAAAAUCCUAUGUAACAAUUACAAAAAGAAGUCCUACGAGAAAUUCCUAACAGGCAUCACUCCCACGUCCCACAAGAGUGCUUGGCACGACAGGACCUCCGCUACACCACCCGGAGGUUCGCCUCGCCCUUGCUCUUCUCUCACUGUAAUGAUCACAGUUGGUACUUGGCCUCCAGAGCUGAGGUGCUGUACAGCUUCUGGUAUCGCUGCCUUUGGUGUUCAGUAGAGUCUGGGGGAGGAGGAGCAGAAAGGAGUUUCUCCGACUCCAAAUUUCCAUUUAUGGAGGUAGCAGGCUUUUGCCAUCAUCAGCUCUUCUCCACCGACUUCGCUCUUUCAGCACCCAGGUUCGUGAUUGCUGGGCUUGCAGUCGCCAUCCGGUUCUGGAGUUCAUGGAGAGUGCGUGUGAUAGACUUGAGCAGACACCAGGGAACUUAAACAUCCCCCGGAUAAGGGUGUCUAGCUACUGCAACCUCAGCAGGCAGCUUAGCCCCCCACGUCGGAAGCCUGGGCUUUGGGGUUGGGAGAAGAGAUGGCCGUCAGCUGAGAGAGGCACAGCAGGCACGGUUUUCUCGGGGUGGCAUUUAGGAACCCGGGGAUGUAGCUGAAGCUAGCGAAUAGAAUCCAAGGAUCACAGACGUGUGUGGAGGGUACUUCCCCCAAACUCAGGAGGGUGUGGGCACCUGAGGGAUUGAUAGGGAUAUUUUGUUGUUAAGAUCAACUAGAGGCACUUUAUAUAGGGUUAAGUGAGUAAACCCUGGAGUGGUUUGGAACACCAACAUACUGGCUUACACUGCUGAAAUAUUCUGGGUUUCAUUAUUUUGCACUGGAUCCACCCUGUAAAUAUUCUUAAAUAUACAUUUCAACCACUGUUUUUUCUACUCUUUGCUGCUCAUUACAAAUCUUUCGUGUAGGUGCCAGGACCAUAUGUAAACAGCUUUUUAAGAAAAUUGAAGCUGGUAUUUUUUUCAAAUAAAAAGCCAUAGAACUUGGUCACGUUUUCCAUUUUACAAUGAUUUAUUGAAACAAGGUAAUACUAAUAAAAACCUACAGGCACCACAUAGGCUGCUUCAGAAUGUCUGCUAAAGACAUUUUCGUCGUGGAAUAUAACUAAGAAGAGUUUUGCACAUCUGCGAGUGAAAAUGGUAUGUGGCACUGGUGCGAUGGGCGGGCGCCCACUGAGGAGGACGCGCUGCACCUGGGAAGGAGCGUUCGGCGGCAUCCCGUUCAGAGCGCCCGGCCCCGUCUCAGAAUGUCUCAGAAUCUCCUUGCGGCGUCUCGUGCAGGAGCUGCCUUCUGCUCUGUGACUUCCAAAUCAGUUUGAGUCAUAGAAAUGUUUUCUAAACUUUUAUUGUAUUACUGCAAUAAAUCUUUUAACAGGACUUGCU